AUGCGCCCUACAGACUUUACUCAACAUCGCAGACUUCAUACAGGACAGAAACCUUACCAAUGUCAUGAAUGUGGCAAGACCUUUAACCAGAGCUCAGUGCUUACCCAACAUUACAGAAUUCAUACUGGAGAGAAACCUUACCAAUGUCAAGAAUGUGAAAAGGCCUUUAAGCAGAGCUCAGGGGUUCUUCAGCAUCACCGAGUUCAUACUGGAGAGAAACCUUACAAAUGUAAACAGUGUGGCAAGGCCUUUAAGAUGCCCUCAGAUAUUAUGAAACAUCACCGAAUUCACACUGGAGAAAAACCUUACAAAUGUAACGACUGUGGAAAGGCCUAUAUGUGGGUCACAUCCCUUACUAAACAUCAUCGAAUUCACACUGGAGAGAAGCCUUACCAAUGUAACAAAUGUGGCAAGGCCUUUCAUGACAGCUCAAGACUUACUGCACAUCACCGAAUUCAUACUGGAGAGAAACCUUACGAAUGUGAAGAAUGUGGCAAGACCUUUAUGUGGCCCUCAAAUCUUACUCGACAUCGCCAAAUUCAUAAGAGGAGAGUAAUCUACAGACCUAAUGUAUGUGUAAAAACAUCUAUGGUCUUUUCUUCAUUUACUUCAUGUCAGAGAUUUUAUAUAGGAGAGUAA